AUGAGCAACAAUGACAAACGGUGCAAGCGUGGGGAGGAGGUGGAAGACGAGCUGGACGUGGAUGAGUACAUUGAAACAAUGAGGGGCGUUAAUGCCAGAGCCGAAACGCAGGUUGGCGCCAUUCCCAGCAGUUCUUCUGCACGCUUUUUGGGCGAGCACAAGUCUAAGCGAGCGCAUCGGUCGUCGGCCACUCCUACAAUCGGAGAACGCAACGUCGAGCAACGCUCUUCCCGCUCACAUCCUGCAACCAUCGGAGGUUUGAUGCAAUCUGAUCAGCCACAGGAACAAGCUGGACCGCAGGUUGGUGCUGUCCCUCGCACCAAUGGGCCCAAGAUGUUGGGAGAACAGAAGAGCAAGCGAUGUCCCACCGAUGAACAUAACACAUCCACUGGUGUCUCGACACAUGCUCAGCAGGCAACAGCUGGCCGAAGUAGUCUUCGGUACCGCGACAAACUGGCCAAAGCACAAGGGAGCCAAAGCAGCUCUGAAAGUGUGAAUGCCAGGGACACCGGUGAAGAAGGAGUUAUCGAGCUUUCAACUACAGCGACUCCAGUCGAAGAACACACAUCAAACACUUCUGACCCGGCUGAACCCGAGUACCACAUUGCAGUAUCUGAAGGAACGGGCCACAAUCAAGGGUUGGACGCAGGGCUGCAAACGCCACCAGCACUAGUUGAAGAGAGACACUCAAAUGAUGGGCUUGUGGCAGCUCGACCUGUUGAAGAAGAUGAUAACAUUCUAGAAGGGCUACCUCAAGCUGAGCAGUGGGAUGAAAAGAAUCAUCUCGCCCAGGUGGAAGAAGCUCGGAAGGAAGGAAACCUCAAGGUGCUUGGCUACCUGGGUCUGCUUGCUGUUCUUGUUGUGAUUCUGCUGGUUGUAUUCCUCCCCAAGAAUAACAAUGAAGAAUCACUGACACCUUCUCCAUCUGCAAGCCCAUCAGCUAGUCCUUCAGCAGCUCCAUCAACUCAAGAAGAUUAUAUUCUUAACCUGUUGCCUGAGUUUUCCUCCACGAACAUCGCUGUCAUUGGUACUCCGCAACACAAUGCCUUUCAGUGGCUUAUGAAUGACACAGCAGUGGGGCUCUAUUCUGAUACCAGGCUGGUCCAACGUUAUGCAUUGGCAGUCAUCUACUAUGCCACCGAAGGAGAUGAUUGGUACAACAUUGUCAAAGAAGGAUGGCUGAACCAUGAUUUGCACGAAUGCAGUUGGUCAUUCACCAAAGACACUGAGCUUAUCUUCAAAGACUUCUUUGGUCAAGAAGAAUUCAUACCAGAAGGUCCCUGCACCAAGACUGAGCCUAUUGCUCUGGAAGAAGAGUUGUACUAUGAAACUCUCUGGCUUCCUGAGGCCAACCUUGCUGGCAGUUCAAUCCCUUUGGAAAUCUUCCUGCUCAAAUCUCUCCGCACCCUCAAUCUUGAGGGGAAUCCCUUCUUGUCUGCCACAAUUCCAACAGAGAUUGGAAUGCUCACCAAUCUAGAGAAUUUGGCACUGAGUUUCCUUGAACACCUAUCUGGUACUCUACCUUCAGAAAUUGGAUUGUGCUACAGUUUGACUUCUCUUAGGAUUGAUGAAACAGCCUUGACGGGGUCCCUUCCAACAAGCAUUGGAAUGCUACAGAACAUCACCUUGUUGGUUGCUGAAGGAUCCAGCUUGUCAGGAUCAAUUCCAUCAGAAAUUGGACUCUUAACAUCCCUUGAAGUCUUCUACAAUGGAGAGAGUAUGCUUGAGGGAGCUAUCCCCAGUGAAGUUGGGCUGCUGGAAUCGUUGGAGCAGCUGAGUUUGUUUUCGACCCACCUUUCUGGACAGAUCCCUUCUGAGCUGGGUCGGCUAUCCCAACUAGAGUUCAUUUCUCUGUUCCAUAAUGACUUGAAUGGAGCAUUGCCCACCACUUUUGGGGGGCUAUCUUCACUCCUGGUGAUGUCAGUGAGGCACAACACCCUGUCAGGGGCCAUCCCAUCAGAGGUUGGCUUGCUUUCGUCACUUUGGGUGCUCUACCUCCAAGGGAACUCCCUCAGUUCCAGCCUUCCCACAGAGAUUGGAGCCAUGCGUGGCUUGGAAUCACUGCAUCUAUUUGAUAACCAUCUCACUGGGUCUGUGCCAUCAGAAGUAGGCUUGAUGAAUUAUUUGUUUGAGUUCAAGGUGAACCACAAUGAGCUCACAGCCAUGAUUCCUUCAGAGAUUGGACAUCUCUUCGACCUGUCCAUACUACAUCUUCAGGACAACAUGCUCUCAGGAACUCUUCCAAAAGAAAUGUACACUCUGGCCAACAUGGAAGAGCUGCAGUUGCAGAGGAACCAGCUGACUGGAACUCUGGCUGCUGAAACUGGUUUGUGGUUUUUUAUGUACUGGUUGUCUCUGGGCGGCAACAGAUUCUCUUCAGUAAUCCCAACUGAAAUUGGACUCUUGGGUGAUAUGGAAAUACUAUCCCUUGCUGCCAAUGAAUUCACUGGCACACUGCCAUCCGAAAUUGGUUUGAUGUCUGGGCUGGCGUACUUGGAUGUGUCAGAGAAUGACUUAACUGGAGGGGUCCCCCAAGAGUUGGCUGCUGUCUUGUCAAAUCCUCAUCUUGAGGUGGUCAACUUGACUAGCAAUGCUCUUUCUGGAGAGCUCACGGGUGACUUUUGUACUGCUGAUCAAUCUCUGUUCCGUUUUGACUGUACUUCAGUGCUUUGUGGCUGCUCCUGUUUGUGCCAGAAUUCAUCUGCUCCUGCUGCAAAUGCCACCAAUGCCAAGUGA